CAGCGUUUGCCACAAGCUUCGCGUCAAAGCCGUCAUGAAAACAUCAGUCCUGCUCACGUGGGAAGUGCCAGAAAACUACAAGUCCCAAGUGCCUUUCAAGAUCCUGUAUAACCAGCAGAGUGUGGAGGUACAGGGGAACCUGAAGAGGAAGUUGAUCACCCGACUACAGCCUGAUACAGACUACAGCUUUGUGUUGAUAUCCAGAGGAAACACAGCUGGUGGUCUUCAGCAGCAGGUGUCCAUCAGGACGACCCCAGACCUCCUGAAGACUAAACCUGUCCUCUACUCUACUCAGCACAACCAGGAGGGGAAGCUCACUAUAGACCUGCCUAAAGUACAGCCGACUAGUCAAGUCAGAUGGUACUACAUCGUGGUGGUGCCUGUGUCCCCGUCGUCGUCACGGCGAUGGGAGAACCCCGACGAGAUGGACCUGGAGGAGCUGUUGGAGUCUGGCGAGGGUCCUGUCCUAGCGUCGCAGACGCCAGGUCGAGCCCACGCGGCCCGUUACCUGGCCUUCAUACUGGCUGCACUGAAGGAGCAAGACACGGACAACAGUGACAAACAU